CCUGUAAAUUGGUUUGCCAACUGCCAAUACGACCCGACGAAGAAGAAGAAGAAAGGAGUGGCAACAUGGCGGACGGCGGGAUCCCUUUUUUUCAGUGGCGAGUUUCAAUCAAAUGUGUUAAGUUCACCUUUAAACUAGCUGGUUAACUAGCUGUUAAACUGAGUCUGACGGCCAUCCGCAGCCUUAAGGCGUGUUGGAGCGAGACGUCGACCGCAGCCAAGCUCCUUACUGGACCUUCAGUCAAAAAAAAAAGUAGUGCGUGUACUACUCGAUGAUGUAGCAUGCUAAUGCCAUUAGCAAAGUGCUGAACUACAGCUGCCUGUUAUGGUGUGAAGAUGGCGGCAGUGAAGCAGCGGUACAAUGAGAUCAGCCCUGUGACGCUGCAGGUGGUGGGCGGGAUGGUGAGCUCCACCCUGUACUGCAGCACAGUAGAGGGCGUGGCGGCGGCUAACCUGGUGGAGUCCUUCCUGGUGGAGGUUUUCCGUUGCAAGCUUUGCCAGUUCACCUGCAGCCUAAAGAGCACUAUCUGCAGCCACGUACUGGACCAGCACCACUCACCUGCUUUGCCAUACAUGGGUCGGACCAGCUGUGAGGGCGUGGCUAACAGCGGCAGCGAGGUGUCAGGGUUCCAGCAUGCGGAAUCACCGUACCAGCUGACUCUGAACGGAGGGUCCAAGCAGAAUGAGGAAGACGAGGAGUUCCUGUUGCCCAUGUACAGCAUGUUAGAGAAUAUGAGCCCACCCACCUGUGACAUCACCACAUACGGUGGGCUGCCGGUCGCGCACACGUGUGAGGUCAGCACGCUGUUUGAGGAGGAUGAAGACGAAUCCACCAUCUUCCCCCUGAAGGGAGACUCUGUGGACCUGACCUGUCCUGCCAGCCCCUCCUCCUCCCAUGAGGAGACAGCCCAGUCUGCUCAUCUCAUGACUCUGGGACUUUGUCGCAUCUCUGCCACCAGAGCUCCUCCCUCUGCAGUGCAUUCUGUCGCGUGCCCGCCGCCGUCUGAUGAUGAUGUAAGGACCAGCAGGAGAGCAGACAGCCUGUCAGGGAGGAUGAUGCCAUCCAGAAACCAAAGGCUGCCAUGCGUCCUGUGCCCAUUGACCCUGCCGUCCAGGCGGCUGCUGGAUGUUCACGUGAGGUCACAUCAGACGGAGGGCGGGUUCUGUUGUCCCAGCUGCAGCUGGUCGGCCAUCAGCUGGGAGGAGCUGGAGCACCACUGGAGGAGCCACAGCAGGAAGAGGAGCUUCAACAAGUCCACAGAGCAGAAACGGCAAAAGAAGAAGAAGAGGUUCAGCUGCUGCGUCUGCCGCCAGGUGUUCAGGAGCGCAGCAUCGCUCAUCACUCACUGCCGCACACAUGACAACUGUUUACAGCAUCGCCAUGGCAACCACUCAGGUCAGAACACCGUUCACUGCAUUUUGUGGUAUCGCAGUCAUAAAAGAAUGACUAACAUUGAGGUGUUGGCCUCAGGGUGGACACACAGGAAGGCCGGGAGGACGGGCACAAAGAAGGUGGACCUUCCUCAGAGAGAUCAGAGUGUGUUGCAACAGCUCGCUGUGGGCGGAGCUUCAUGGAGAAUAAGCAGGAAGCAGUCUAGAGGAAGAGAAGAGUGCAAGGAGACUCCGCCUCCUCCAGCCAAAGACAAAUCGGAUUUCUCCUGCGUGCAGUGUCACAGAAAUUUCUCCACCAAGCUGACACUGCGCCGUCACAUGGGUGUCCACGGCAGCGAUAAGCCGCACCGCUGUCCUCACUGCGCCUACAGCAGCCGGCUCAAGGCCUCGCUGCUGCAGCACCUUCGCACGCACACCGGUGAGAAGCCGUACAGGUGCUCAGAGUGUUUGUACGCGUCCAUCGACAGGAGCUCCCUGCUGCGGCACUACCGCACGCACAGUCAGGAGAAACCGUACCGCUGCUCCAGCUGCACAUACAGCAGCAUCCAGAAGAAAAGUUUGGACCUGCACACUCGCCGUCACCACACCGGCAAGGUGUUCUCCUGCCAGCUUUGCCCGUACUCCAGCCCAGACCGUCAGCUCCUGCUCCGCCAUGUCCGCAAGUACCACCCGCCACCCUGCGAGGGCGCUGCAGAGGACCAGCAGAAGUCCGACAGGGCGGCGGUCUGACGCAGCCACACCCCCCACAGUGACUCAAUUGUGGUCAGGUUCCAUGUGUAAUUUCAUUCAGGUUUUUUGGAGAUUUGGUAAAUUUAUGAAAGCUUAUGAAAUGAGAAUUUUUUUUUUCCCCCCCAAGUUUGUUAUGACCACCAUGUUGGAUUUCCAAAAAUUGGCAACUUUGGGAAACUAAACCCAGAAUGGCAGCCAACACUAUGACUCUUCAUCAGUUUCAAUAAUUGUGUCUGGAUCCUUAUUAGUCCCUUCAGUUUUGAGGCCAAGUUAACCAGAAGUCCACAAAAUGAAAAUUAGUUUUUGAAGGUUUCCAUUUUUAGAAAUCCAAGAUGUCUGCCAUAGCAACCUUUAGUGGCAAAAAUGGAAUCCCCCCUACCCUCUAAAUUUCAUAAGCUUUCUAAAAAUGUAUGGCUUAAUAUCAAAAAAGUUAAAUGAACCUAUGAAUUGUUACAUAAGAAACCUGACUGUUGCCAGGAUUGGAUGGCGCAGUGGUGGGCGGGGCUGCUGUUGGUGAUGUCACUGUGACUUUGUGAGUGUGAUAUUUUACUGUCUUCUGAUUUUCAAAUGAUAAACACUUCAAAGUGAUGUCAUCGUCUCACAGGUAAUCAGAACCUGGCCAAUAGGACCAACCCACAGCUGUAUGGUUUCCCUGACAACAGAUUCCAGUCUCAGUCAGCUCUGGGCUUCAUGCUUUGGACUGUCUGCAGUUCUGCAGUCGGCUGUGGUUUUUAUGCUUAUUGACAUGUUAAUUUUUUUUUUUUUUUUUUUUUUGUAUUUAUGGUUUGAUGGCUGCUGUUGGUUGGAUGGAUUUAUUCAUGAUUGGGUGGAUCAUUUUUGACAGUGGAAAGAACAGCAGAAUGGAUCAAUAAAUAGAUCAAUAGAUGUAUAUGCUAACUGAUCAAUCCUGUGCACUGUCUUGUUUUUCAAAGCUUGUUGUCAUGGUGAUGUCUCCUCAGCUUCCUGCUAAUAAGUGACAUGAAGGUUGUGGAGAAACUCGCAGGCAGUUGAGCGACUUCACAGAGAGCAAAGACCUGAGAUUCUGCUGCUCCUCCCCUGGUCACUGUGCUCGGUGGCAUUAUGUUCGUCUGCUCACGCCCUACGUGAACUCUGCGAUAUAUAACCCCAUCAUCGAUGCCAUCACACACCCUCAGUACCACACUGCUACAGCCUGCUAUGUCCCGCUGCUGUGCACAGUCCUGCAUGUCGAGAAUAAAGACCUCAAAUCAUCUUUCAGCUCCAGUGCUGCCUCUCCCGCAGUGGUGAGCACUGUUCCGCUAAUUAUCAAAGCUAAUGUUUAACAGUUCAGAAACCUUUAAGUCUAUUAUCAAAGAUUUUAGCACUUACCUGGGUUUUGUAGCAGAUAAAUAGCUCUGUUCUCUGUAAACAAAAGAAUGCUGGUG